AGCUAUCAAAAUGACACAAUAAGUGACACCUUCAACAACUCAAACCAUCACGUUUAAAUCCUCCAACUCAGUAGGCCCCAAUUGCGCGUGGCCCGCCCUCCCGCCGUUUCUUCGCCAACGGUGGUGCUCUCAAUGUGCGUCCUUCCACCUGAAAGCGGUGAUUAGCUCGCUCUUCCACAUGCAAAAAAAAUUUUUCACUUGAGCUCGACAGGAACGAGCUGGGAUCAAUAGCUGGCGCUUAAACGCAGCGCUUGUGUGUAGUAUAUAUAUAUUGGAGCAGAUUCCCACGUUUACGAAAAUUUUCUUUGUGGCUAAUCUUUUUUCUUUUCCUCUUCUCUUGUUCUUCAACAACAAAUUGAAUCAGUUCAAUUGACUUCUUCUACUAAUCUAACAAUGGUUCAAUCAUCUGUUCUUGGUUUCCCACGUAUUGGUGCUCAGAGAGAGCUUAAAAAGACCACCGAGGCUUACUGGCAAGGUAAGGUCUCCGUCGAGGAGCUCUUCAAGGUUGGUAAGGAGCUGAGAGCUCACAACUGGAAGUUGCAGAAGGAGGCUGGUGUGGACAUCAUUGCUUCCAACGAUUUCUCCUUCUACGACCAAGUGUUGGACUUGGAGGUUUUGUUCAACGUGAUCCCAGACCGUUACACCAAGUACGACUUGCAGCCAAUUGACGUUCUGUUCGCCAUGGGACGUGGUUUGCAGAGAAAGGCCACUGAGACCGCUAAGGCUGUCGACGUGACUGCCUUGGAGAUGGUUAAGUGGUUUGACUCCAACUACCACUACGUCAGACCAACCUUCUCCAACUCCACCGAGUUCAAGUUGAACGGCCAAAAGCCAGUUGACGAGUACUUGGAGGCUAAGGAGCUGGGCAUUGAGACCAGACCAGUCCUCGUUGGUCCAGUCUCCUUCUUGCACUUGGGUAAGGCUGACAAGGACUCCUUGGACUUGGAGCCAAUCUCCCUCUUGGAGAAGAUCUUGCCUGUCUACGCUGAGAUCUUGAAGAAGCUUGCUGAUGCCGGUGCUAAGACCGUCCAGAUUGAUGAGCCAGUCUUGGUUUUGGACUUGCCAGCCAACGUCCAAGCCGCUUUCAAGACCGCUUACGAGUACUUGUCUAAGCAAGAGGGUUUGCCAGCUAUCACCGUUGCUUCCUACUUCGGUACCGUUGUUCCAAACUUGGAUGCCAUCAAGGGUUUGCCAGUUGCUGGUUUCCACAUUGACGUUGUCAGAGCUCCAGAACAAUUGGAGGCCGUUGCCGAUGCUUUGACCCCAGAGCAAACUUUGUCCGUUGGUGUCAUUGACGGUCGUAACAUCUGGAAGGCUGACUUCGCCAAGGCCUCUGAAUUGGUCAAGAAGGCUGUCGAGAAGUUGGGUGCUGACAGAGUCAUCACUGCUACCUCCUCUUCUUUGUUGCACACCCCAGUUGACUUGAACAACGAGUCCAAGUUGUCCGAGGAAAUCAAGGACUUCUUCUCCUUUGCUACCCAAAAGUUGGGUGAAGUUGUCACCGUUGCUAAGAACGUUUCUGGUGAGGACGUUUCUGCUGCUUUGGAGGCUAACGCUGCCUCUGUCAAGGCCCGUUCCACCUCUUCCAUCACCAACGAUGAGACCGUUCAAAAGAGAGUUGCUGCUAUCGAUGAUGCUCAAGGUCGUCGUGCUUCUCCAUUCACUGAGAGAAUCAAAGAGCAAGAGAAGGUUUUCAACUUGCCAUUGUUCCCAACCACCACCAUUGGUUCCUUCCCACAAACCAAGGACAUCCGUAUCAACAGAAACAAGUUCACUAAGGGUACUAUCUCCAAGGAGGAGUACGAGAAGUUCAUUGAGUCUGAGAUUGAGAAGGUUGUCAGAUUCCAAGAGGAGAUUGGUUUGGACGUUUUGGUCCACGGUGAGCCAGAGAGAAACGAUAUGGUUCAAUACUUUGGUGAACAAUUGAAGGGUUUCGCGUUCACCCAAAACGGUUGGGUCCAAUCUUACGGUUCCAGAUACGUUCGUCCACCUAUCAUUGUUGGUGACGUUUCUAGACCAGCCCCAAUGUCCGUCAAGGAGUCCGUCUACGCUCAAUCCAUCACUACCAAGCCAAUGAAGGGUAUGUUGACUGGUCCAGUCACCAUCUUGAGAUGGUCUUUCCCAAGAGUUGACGCUUCUCAAAAGACCCAAGCUUUGCAAUUGGGUUUGGCUUUGAGAGAUGAGGUCAACGACUUGGAGGCUGCCGGUAUCAAGGUUAUCCAAGUCGAUGAGCCAGCUUUGAGAGAAGGUUUGCCAUUGAGAGAGGGUGAGGAGAGACAAGACUACUACAAGUGGGCUGCUGAGUCCUUCAGAAUCGCCACUGCCGGUGUCAAGAACGCUACUCAGAUCCACUCCCACUUCUGUUACUCUGACUUGGAUCCAAACCACAUCAAGGCCUUGGAUGCUGAUGUUGUCUCCAUUGAGUUCUCCAAGAAGGACGAUCCAAACUACAUCCGUGAGUUCUCUGACUAUCCAAACCACGCUGGUCUCGGUUUGUUCGAUAUCCACUCCCCAAGAAUCCCAUCUAAGGAGGAGUUUAUCCAAAAGAUCGCCACCAUCUUGGAGGUUUACCCAGUUGAGAAGUUCUGGGUCAACCCAGAUUGUGGUUUGAAGACCAGAGGCUGGGAGGAGACCAGAGCCUCCUUGACCAACAUGGUUGAGGCUGCUAAGUACUACAGAGAGAAGUACGCCAAGAACUAAACUGGCCACUCGCUCUGAAUCACUGAAAUGUCUAAACUUUUACCUCAUCAAUUCAACAUUUGUUUGAGGGCUUAAUCUACCACCACUUAACGUUUUACGACUUCACUUCUUCCAUUUUUUCUAUAUACAUAAAAAGAUAAUGUCUGUUGCACUAUUGCAUUGGGUUGUUACUGGGAUUUCAACAUCGGUUAAUGAAAUAUAUAACGUUUCGAUAAGUUUUGCUGUGUCUU